AUGGUUGACUGUGGACCCUCCUGUGCUGUGCCCUCUUGCGCCUCCGCCCCAGUGGUUGGCUUCGGAUCAUCUGGCUCCAAAGGUCUCGGUUGGGGCUAUGGCGGUCUUGGCGGUCUUGGCUAUGGCUUGGGUUACGGCCGCGGUUUGGGCUUCGGCCUCGGAGCUGGCGCCUUGGCCGAGAGCUCCGGAAGCCUGGGCACCCUGGCCGGAGUCAUCCCCUCCUGCAUCAACCAGAUCCCACCAUCCGAGGUGACCAUCAAGCCCCCUGCAGUCGUGGUCACCAUCCCCGGCCCCAUCCUGUCCGCCAGCUGUGAGCCCGUGGCCGUCGGAGGCAACACCCCAUGCGCCCCCGGAGGUAUCGGAGGUACCGGAGGCUUCGGAGGCUACGGACGCGUCGGUGGCUUCUACGGCCACCUGGGACGUCUCGGUCGCCGUGGCAGCCUCUGCUCUCUGCCCUGCAACCUCCCCUGUUAA